AUGAGGGUUCUACCAUUCUUACAUGCGCUUCCGCUUGUAGCUGCACUGGGCAGCAGACAACACAAGCGUGAUGUGGCAACUUCCAGCUUGAAGAAGCGUGACAUCGAUCCUGAGGCCCUUUAUCCAGAAUACAACAUUUCAGUGCCUGUAGACCACUUCCACAACUCUUCGCAAUAUGAACCGCACAGUAAUGCUACAUUCAACCUGAGAUACUGGUUCGAUGCAUCGCACUACCAGCCUGGUGGACCUGUCAUUGUACUUCAAUCUGGCGAAACCGAUGCUUCAGGACGUCUGCCAUAUCUGCAGAAAGGUAUUCUUGCUCAGCUCGCUCAAGCAACUCAUGGUAUCGGUGUUGUACUCGAACACCGCUACUAUGGAACUUCCUUCCCUACUCCUGAUCUAUCUACCAAGAACCUUCGCUUCUUGACUACCGAGCAAGCGCUUGCCGAUGAGGCAUACUUUGCGAGAAACAUUGUUUUCCCUGGACUUGAACACUUGGACCUCACCAGUGAAUCAGCUGCAUACCUUGGAUACGGCGGGUCGUAUGCUGGUGCGUUCAAUGCUUUCUUGAGAGUUGUCUAUCCUGACGUCUUUUGGGGAACGAUCUCAAGUUCUGGUGUCACCAAGGCCAUCUAUGACUACUAUGAAUACUUCACUCCAAUCGCUGAGAAUGCACCUCCUAAGUGUAUCAGCACACAGAAGACUUUGAUCAACAUUGUCGACACUAUUCUCAAGAAGAACGAGACGGACCUCACUCACCAACUCAAGUCUACGUUUGGUCUAUCAAACAUUACCUACGACAACGAUUUUGCCUCGGCUCUGUCCAACGGCAUUGAGAGCUGGCAGAGUCGCAACUGGGAUCCAGAGGUCGGGAGCCCUGCCUUCGAACUGUAUUGCAAUAACAUUUCAUCCGAUGCCACGCUCUACCCUGGCACCUCUUCGCUCCGUCCUGCCGUCGAGUCGUUGAUCAAGAAAACCAACUAUACCGUUGAAGAGACUUUAGUCAAUCGCAUGCUCAACUUUAUCGGCUACGUGAACACAACCUCUGUAGUCCCCUGCGCCCGAGGUGGAAGCACACAGGAUCAAUGCUUUAGCAACCAUAACAAGGAAUACUACCAGGAACACAGCCUGGGGUCAUACGUCUGGCGUUCAUGGGCAUACCAGUACUGCUCUGAGUGGGGAUACUUACAGACUGGAUAUGCACCUCCAGGAGAGUUGCCAAUUGUCUCGUCUCUACUCGAUCUUGAGUAUGAGUCGAUUGUCUGCAGGGACGCCUUCAACAUCACCACUCCAUCCGAUGUGGAGGCAGUCAACAAGUAUGGAGGUUAUGACAUCUCGUACCCUCGUCUUGCCUUCGUUGAUGGCUCCGCGGACCCUUGGCGUCCUGCAACACCUCAUGCAUAUGCCCAAGGUGCCAAGAAGCGCAACUCCACCUCUAGUGAACCUUUCAUCCUGAUCGAUGGAGCUGUGCAUCACUGGGAUGAGAACGGCUUGUUUCCGAACGAGACCACCGCUUCUCUUCCACCAUUGACGGUGGCCGAUACUCAGAGGCAGGAGAUUCAGUUCGUGCAGGAGUGGAUGCAGGAGUGGCAGUUGGAGCAGCAGAUCAGGGCGGCUUACCAGAAGCCAUUCACCCAGGGACCUCUGUAA